GAUGGCGAACGUGGGGCUGCAGUUCCAAGCGAGCGCCGGGGACGCGGACCCGCAGAGCCGGCCGCUGCUGCUGCUAGGCCAGCUGCCCCACCUGCACCGCGUGCCCUGGAGCCACAUCCGCGGGAAGCUGCAGCCCCGGGUCACCGAGGAGCUCUGGCAGGCAGCUCUCAGCACACUCAACCCCAACCCCACAGACAGCUGUCCCCUGUACCUCAACUGUGCUACGGUGGCUGCCUUGCCCUCCAGGGUGAGCCGCCACAACAGCCCCUCUGCUGCCCACUUCGUGACCCGGCUGGUGCGGACCUGCCUGCCUCCAGGAACCCAUCGGUGUGUGCUGAUGGUGUGUGAGAGACCUGAUGUCUUUGCCUCGGCCUGUGCGCUGGCCAGGGCCUUCCCGCUGUUCACCCACCGCUCAGGUGUCGCACGGCGCACGGAGAAAAAGACAGUCACAGUGGAGUUCUUCCUGGUGGGACAGGACAACGGGCCAGUGGAGCUGUCCACUCUACAAUGCCUAACGAAUGCCACAGAAGGUGUACGGCUGGCAGCCCGGAUCGUGGACACGCCCUGCAACGAGAUGAACACAGACACCUUCCUUGAGGAGAUCAAGAAAGUUGGGAAAGACCUGGGGAUUGUGCCAACUGUCAUCCGGGAUGAGGAGCUGAAAAUGAGAGGAUUUGGAGGAAUCUAUGGUGUUGGCAAAGCCGCCCUGCACCCACCUGCUCUGGCUGUCCUCAGCCACACCCCAGAAGGGGCCACCCAGACCAUCGCAUGGGUGGGCAAAGGCAUUGUUUACGACACCGGAGGCCUCAGCAUCAAAGGGAAGACCACCAUGCCUGGGAUGAAGCGGGACUGCGGUGGAGCUGCAGCCAUCCUGGGAGCCUUCCGAGCCACCGUCAGACAGGGCUUCAAAGACAACCUCCACGCGGUGUUCUGCUUGGCAGAGAACGCCGUGGGACCCUGUGCAACGAGGCCGGAUGACAUCCACCUGCUGUACUCAGGGAAGACGGUGGAGAUCAACAACACAGAUGCGGAGGGCCGUCUGGUGCUUGCUGAUGGCGUGGCCUACGCUUGCAAGGACCUCAGUGCCGAUAUCAUCCUGGAUGUGGCCACGCUGACCGGGGCUCAGGGCAUUGCCACAGGGAAGUACCACGCCGCGGUGCUCACCAACAGCGCCGAGUGGGAGGCAGCCUGCGUGACCGCCGGCAGGAAGUGUGGGGACUUGGUGCACCCACUGGUCUACUGCCCCGAGCUGCACUUCAGCGAGUUCACCUCAGCAGUGGCCGACAUGAAGAACUCGGUGGCGGACCGGGAUAACAGCCCCAGUUCUUGCGCUGGCCUCUUCAUCGCCUCCCAUAUCGGCUUCGACUGGCCCGGGAUCUGGGUCCACCUGGACAUCGCUUCGCCUGUGCAUGCCGGAGAACGAGCCACCGGCUUUGGCGUGGCCCUGCUGCUGGCCCUCUUUGGCCGGGCCUCAGAGGACCCUCUGCUGAACCUGGUGUCUCCGCUGGGCUGUGAGGCCGACGCACAAGUUGAGGACAUGGAAAGGGAUUCGAAGCGGCGCCGACUGGUGUGA